AGAAUCCGAAAGCCCACUUCCGGAUAAAUAAAAAUCUGAUUGCACGUGUGUGAUUGUGUAAUCUGGCUUCUUCAUAACAUAUGAAAUAAUGAUGAGCUGUAAAACUUCGAAUUCGCAUGUACAGGAAAUAGGGAAUGUUUUAUCUGACCCUUCUAGACCACUGAAAGAACGUUUUAGGGCUCUUUUUACACUGAAAAAUAUAGGUGGUAAACAAGCGAUUGAUUGCAUUUCAAAUAACUUUUCAGAUUCGUCUGCUCUUCUCAAACAUGAACUAGCUUAUUGUUUAGGUCAAAUGGUAAAUCCUUAUGCUGUUCCUAAACUCGUGGAGGUUUUAGAAAACACAGAACAGGAACCUAUGGUUCGACAUGAAGCAGGUGAAGCGUUGGGAGCCAUUGGUUGUGUAGAUGCAGUUCCAAUCUUAGAAAAAUAUAAAAAUGAUAGUGUCAUAGAGGUUGCAGAAACGUGUCAGCUUGCAUUAGAAAGAAUUAAAUGGCUUCAAAGUGAAGACAAAGAAAGGGAGAAAUUAUCAGAGAAUCCAUAUUUUUCUACUGAUCCAGCACCUCCAUCAACAAACAUGGACAUUAACAAUUUAAAAACACAAUUACUAGAUGAAAAAUCGACACUAUUUCACAGAUACAGAGCUAUGUUUUCACUGAGGAAUAUAGGAACAACAGAAGCAGUUCAAGCUUUGGCUCAAGGACUAAAAUGUUCAAGUGCACUGUUCCGACAUGAAAUUGCCUAUGUAUUAGGUCAAAUGCAACACGAAGCAUGUGUACAAGAACUGAAAGAAAAUCUAUGUGAUGAGAAAGAGAAUCCCAUGGUACGCCAUGAAUGUGCAGAGGCCUUAGGGGCUAUAGCUACUGAAGAAUGUACAAAGAUUUUAGAGCAAUAUCUACAGGACAAAGAAAGAGUGGUUAAAGAAAGUUGUGUAGUAGCUCUAGACAUGUCAGAAUAUGAACAGAGUAAAGAAUUUCAAUAUGCAGAUUCGUUAACUAAGAUAAAUUCAUAAAACUGGUUAGGAUUUCUAGAAAGGUGAUAUGAUUAGAAGAUAUUUUAUUAAAAGACUUGUGAUCUGACAUUGCUCUCUUUUGUGAAGACUAAACUGCUGGUUAGAACGAAAGUACAUUCACACACUAGUGCUACCAUUUACACUGAACUUGAUGAUGUCUAAUUAGAUUGUGGCACUUAAUAAUGAUGGAGAAAUUUAUCUCAGAGAUUAAAUUAUAAUGUGAAAUGAAAAACAAAAUAAACUUAGAUUUCAUUUAUUUUUUGUGCUGGAUGAUUUGUAUAUGAACUGCUACUGAACCAUAUGAAAUAAUUUUGUGUGAAUCUAUCAUAAAAUCUCACUCAAAUGAUGUACUUCCACACCUACUGUUUUAUUUCUUCAUCUGAGGUUGACUUUGGAUUGAUAUAGACUUCCUCAUAUCUGCACACUUUAGUACACUUUUAUAUCCACUUCUAAAACCCAAAAUCUGUUUUUGGUCCGAAAUAAUUUUUUCUUCUUCCUAUGCAAAUCAUUAGCAUAUCUGCUUCUCCUUUUAAACUAGGCCUCUGAUCAUAAUCUGGUCAUUAACUUUGCAAGGGGUGGUUGGUGGGGUAUUAUUUUGCGAGCAUUACUUGCGUUACCUACAAUGUAUAGUCUAUUGUUAUGUCCUACAUCAACAAGUUUAACUUUUGCAUUUAAAUAAGAAACUUUAUGUUGAAUUUAUGUCAUAUUUGUAAUAACAUUGUUACAUGAUUAAUGAGAACAGAAACUUAAAGUUGCUCCAAAUGAAGGUCAUUUUUAACGUUAAGAAUAUUGGCUCUUACUUUAAGAUUAUUGUUCAUUGUAUAAAGGUGUAAAGAUGCUUGUAUGGGAAAAUAAAGAUGACUUUCUAUUGCUACUUAAAA